AUGCGGCUGCUAUAUUAUUUAGCAGCCGUUAUUUGUUGUGUUCCAGUAACGAUUCGAGCAUGGAAUAUUUUCACAUUUUUUUCCACAAAACAGGAAAAUGAUCAAAUAAGUUUAUAUCCGGCUUCACCAUUGGAAGCUGAUCCAGCACUACUAAGGAAUCGACGACAAGCUUAUCAAGUUUAUCAGGGUGGUGAUACAUCGAUUACGAUGGAUAAAACAGGACGUGUUGAAAGUGGACCAUGGGGUCCGUGGUCACUUGAGAAGGAAUGCUCGAAAACAUGCGGUGGUGGAGUACAGAUGGAACGAAGAAGUUGCAAUGGUGAAUGUACUGGACCAUCAACACGUUACAUAUCCUGUAAUAUUCAAGAGUGUACUGGUAAUGUUAAAGAUUUUCGAGCUAUUCAAUGUUCUGAAUAUGAUGAUACACCAUUAGAUGGUAAUUACUAUAAAUGGUUACCGUAUCCAGGAAAGAAUAAAUGUGAAUUAACCUGCAAACCAGAUAAUGCUAAUUUCUACUAUAAAUGGGCUGAUAAAGUAAUCGAUGGUACAAGAUGUGAUCAUCGUACAAAUGAUAUUUGUGUGGAAGGAGUUUGCUUACCAGUUGGAUGUGAUAACAAACUUGGAUCGGCAAUGAAAAAUGAUAAAUGUGGUAAAUGUGGUGGUGAUGGAUCAACAUGCAAAACUGUCGAAGGAUAUUUUGAUGAACGAAAUUUAUCACCUGGUUAUCAUAAUAUUAUUCGAUUACCAAUUGGUGCUACAUCAAUUUUAGUUGAGGAGUUACAUUCAACAACUAAUUCGCUUGCAAUUAAGAAUACAACCGAUUACUAUUAUCUCAAUGGCAAUUACCAAAUUCAAUUAACUGAUAAAGAUUUGGAAAUUGGUGGAACAUUAUUCGAAUAUGAUACGCGCAAAAAUUUAGAUCAUCCAUUUGAAAAAUUAACCGCUAAAGGACCGACAACAGAAGAACUUAUCAUUGCAUUGCUUUUUCAACGUGGAAAUAGAGAUGGUGCUAUUAAAUACGAAUUUUCGGUACCAUUAGAGGACGAAAUUCCAUAUAUCUAUAAAUUAGACCAAUGGUCAUCAUGUUCGGUCACGUGUGGAAAAGGUAUUCAAACUCGUACACCAUACUGCAUUGAGAAUACAUCCGGACAACGUGUAUCAGAUGACAUUUGCGACGAACAUAAUGUCACCAAACCCAUUUCUGAGAAAGCUUGUGAAACAAUUAAUUGUGAAGCAGAAUGGUAUAAAGGAGAAUGGGAGCCAUGCAGUGCAUCAUGUGGAGAAAGUGGUACUCAAUAUCGUGUCAUUUAUUGUCAUCAGAUAUUUCUGGAUGGUAAACGGAUCACCAUUGAUGAUGAUAAUUGUAGUACGGAACGUCCAACGGUACAACGACCUUGUAAUAGAUUUUCGUGUCCGGAAUGGCAAGCAGGACCGUGGAGUGCAUGCUCGGAAAAAUGUGGUGAUGCAUUCCAGUAUCGUUCGGUAACAUGUCGAAGUGCAAAAGAAGGUGAAGAGGGUAAAUUACUGCCAGCUGAAGCAUGCAAUAAUGAAACGAUGGAAACACAACGAAAUUGUAAUUUGGGUCCAUGUCAAGGACUAAAUUUCAUCACAACACAAUGGAAAUUG